AUGACUCCUCUUUCAACCCCCUAUAUAGCUUCGAAUAACCAAUGUGAGUAUUGUUUAUUUCGCUCCCAAGUGCUGGUGUGCGUUUUAGUGUCCAAGAUUGCGCAACUGUUCUUAAAUCGGCGACAGGCCCCAGAGUGUCGAGGCCAUGGCUACUUCGUCUGUCCCCUGUAUGUUGCUACAAGCUUAGGAUUUAGCCACAUCGGACUUUGCAGGUCUUUUGUCAAGGCAACCUUGAUGAAUUUACCGACCCUAGUCACACGUGAAUCACCGUCUCGACAUAACCUGAUAAGGGGUCUAGUGCACACAAAUCAAUCCGUACGGCGUGAUUCGGUGAUACCUUUACUCAACCUCCUGAGCAAAGUCGUUCAUUUCGUCUGCGAGAUAGGUAAGCCUCUACUUUUUAGCCAGUGCAUUUACUACUCCCCAGUCCCACACAGUCUUCUGAAUUCUCCACGGCCGAAGCGUUUGUCUGCUCGUCCCCCACCCGGCGGUUACACUCGCUUACUUGCCUCUCUUGGGUUUGAAGCAUCCGAGUCUGGCGACGAGUUUGGUAACGAUCGGGCCGGCAUUCCUAACCAGACGGUGACUCUGGCAGCUCCGUCUAACCGCAGACGCCGCCUACCUAACUCACGGCACGCGCCGCUUCACUGCUUCUCGGACGUCCAGCAUACUCAACUGUCUGCCGAACGGCCAAUUAAGAGACCCCGGAAAGAGCCCUUAUCUCGUCUUGUCUGUAGAGACGAGGAAGGUUGCGGAGAAAAAGAGAUGGAAGAGGAGGAGGCCGAGACAUCUGCGAAACGACGACUUGUUCAUGCUCUGGGCUCAGGUAUACCAAGUUCACUGUCACUUCAACCUUCUGACAUGACACCUGCUCAAAGCGUCCGCGAGUUAGCCCGAUGCCGCAAGCCCAGUUGGAAGCUUUCUCAGACUAUUGCGCCUAGCCCAACUCGCAUUCGUCGGCCUCGUGGCCGUCACUGCCUCAAUGGUGCUGCUGGCAAUGAAGGUGAUGGUAACAGUUACAGCGCUCUUGUAGCUUCUUCGAGUCGCUACAGUUCCGAGUCCACUCCAUUUGUUCAGUCUGCGGAGCUUGCUAACUCGAUUAGAACCUCGUCCAUUAAGCAAACAGGUGGAACGCGUCAGACGACAAGACCUGCUUUGGGUUGUUUAGAUAGGUUGGCCGAUCCCUUCUUGUCACAAGCAGAGAAAGAUGUAAGAUUUGAUUAUCCCUCUACAUGA